GCCACUGCGCUCGGCGACUCUGCGUCCUCUCUCUCUCUCUCUCUUUUUCUCUUGCCUCUCUAUCUCUGUUGCACAUCGCUUCAGUCGUAAGGGAUGGAGGCUGGGAUCGUCGGUGAGGUCUGGACCACAGCUUGAGAGGUGGAGGAGAUCGCGCGUCUAAAACAGCGCACGCGUUUGAAGGAUGCGCUGCUGCGCGCGACGGCGCAUCCUGUAGAUAUACGAGUAGCUCGCGGAAUCCUAGCGUCUGGCUUUCUCUAUCUGUCUUUGGCUUUGCGUACGGAGACCUGUCAGUGUUUGCAUCACUUUUCGAACAGGAGGAGAAAAAAGAACAGGGUGUUUUUCUUCUCGCAACAUACAGAGCAUUGCUUUAAUGAAGAAACAGACCUUCUAACAAUCUCACGGAAGGGACCCUUCAGAACAAGUAUGGGGUCACCAUGGAAACCACUUCUACUGCUGUCAGUUAUCAGUGGCCUGGCAGAUUUGGCUAAAGCCGUUGCUGGGAGACCCGUCUCGUACGCUGCGGUGCUACGGAUGAAGGCGGACAGUUCCUCGUCCUCCACGCUGAACUCCAGGAUGAGGUUAAGGAACAGCCAAGGAGUGGGAUCAUCCAGCCUGGACUGGCCUCCUUUGUCCCGUCACAGAUUCUCCGCCCUCAGCUCGCAGGAGGACUACAUGAGCGAAGAGAGCGAGGAGUUCGGCCCAAUAUUCAUUCAGGAACCUGAUGACGCAAUCUUCUCCCUGGAUAUGGACAAUAAGAAAGUGAUAAUGAAUUGUGAAGCCAGAGGAAAUCCUGCUCCAACCUACAGCUGGCUGAUCAAUGGAACAAAUGUGAAUGUAGAGGCAGAUUUCCGAUACAGUAUGAUUGAUGGGAACUUGAUCAUACACAACACGAGCGAGGCCAGCGAUCACGGGAGAUACCAGUGCAGAGCAGAGAACAGUAUUGGUAUCGUCAUGAGUAGAGAAGCCCUCCUUCAGUUUGCUUAUCUCGAAGCCUUUAGCGGACGGACGAGAGGAGCUGUUUCUGUGCGGGAGGGCCAGGGAGUUGUGCUAAUGUGUGCUCCCCCUCCUCAUUCACCAGCAGAGAUCAUCUACAGCUGGGUGUUCAACGAGCUCCCCUCGUUCGUGGCAGAGGACAGGCGGCGAUUCAUCUCACAGGAGAUGGGAAAUCUGUACAUCUCCAAGGUUCAGCCCUCGGACGUGGGCAGCUACGUGUGCCAAGUGAAGAACACUGUGACCAACGCCAGGGUCCUGAGCCCGCCAACACCCCUGACUCUGAAAACAGAUGGUGUCAUGGGAGAGUACGAGCCCAAAAUUGAAGCACACUUUCCCCAGACUGUACUAGUAGCCAAAGGGGUCACGGUGAGACUGGAGUGCUUCGCUCUUGGGAAUCCUGUCCCCACGAUCACCUGGAGGAAGAUGAGUGGGAACAUCCCGAAGAAAGCACGUCUGCGCAAAUCACAGGCGGUUCUUGAGAUCCCCAACAUCCAGCUGGAGGAUUCUGGGAGUUAUGAGUGUAAAGCUGAAAACACGAGAGGAGGCACAUCCUACAGAGGACAUCUGCAGGUCUAUACUCUGCCGCAGUGGAUCAGUAUGAUAAAUGACACUCAACUGGACAGUGGAGAGCAGCUCCGAUGGGAGUGCAGAGCCGCAGGAAAACCCAGGCCCACCUACCGCUGGAUGCGCAACGGAGAACCUCUCAGCCCACAGAGCAGAGUGGAAAUGGUGAAUGGGGAAUUGAUCAUUCACAGGUUACAGCAGGCGGAUUCGGGAAUGUACCAGUGCGUUGCCGAGAACAAAUACGGAAGCAUCUACUCCAGCGCCGAGCUCAAAAUACUGGCGUCAGCGCCCAUGUUCAGCACCAAUCCUGUCCGACUCAUCGCCACCGUGGGAAGAGACGUCUCUCUGGAAUGCCGGCCUCGUGCGUCACCCAAACCAAGAAUUACGUGGAAGAAAAACGACAGGAGGGUCCAACCGAGCCGAAGAAUCAUGUUGCUUCGCAACAACACCCUGCGCAUCAUUAACUCCAGUCGCACAGAUGAGGGAAACUACGUGUGUCGGGCUGAAAACCAGUUCGGAUCCGCCGAGUUAAUGACGGUGCUGCUGGUGAAAGAGCCCAUGCGGGUGGAAUUGAGUCCCGUCCGGGUGGAGGUUACGGUGGGAGAGAGUGUGGUGCUCAGCUGUAAGGUCACUCAUGACCCCACCCUGGAGGUGUCCUUCUUCUGGCUGCUCAAUAACCAGCCGCUUAACGCUCAGCAUGAGGGUGGUCACUUUGAGUACAUUCAAACACAGUCUUCCACAGCAGACCUUAUGAUCAGGAGCAUCCUUCUGAAGCAUGCGGGUAAAUAUGGCUGCCGGGCACAGACGAGCGCAGACAGUGUGCUAGCGGAAGCCGAGCUGCUCGUGAGAGGACCUCCAGGACCCCCUGGAGUGGUGAUUGUGGAGGAGAUCACAGAUACCACAGCAACGUUGUCAUGGAGCCACGGGGUUGACAAUCACAGUCCAAUAACCACCUACAACGUACAGGCACGUAGCCCUUUCUCUCUGGGCUGGCAGACAGUGAAAACCGAUCCCGACCCGGUGACUGGAAACAUGGAGUCGGCCAUGGCGGUGGAGCUCAACCCCUGGGUGGAGUACGAGUUUCGGGUGGUGGCAACAAACGCCAUUGGCACAGGAGACCCGAGCUCUCCCUCGCGGGCGGUCCGCACUAAAGAAGCAGUUCCCUCAGUGGCCCCUGGCAGCGUGAGAGGAGGAAACGGUCGCAGACACGAACUGGUCAUAUCCUGGGAGCCCGUCUCGGAAGAAUUCCAGAACGGGGAAGGUUUCGGCUACAUCGUGGCGUUCAGGGCCAACGGGACGCGAGGAUGGAAGGAGAAGAUGGUGACCUCGGCUGACUCCACCACCUAUAAGUACAGGGAUGAGACCUUUCCCCCUCUCACCCCGUUUGAGGUGCGGGUGGGAGUGUAUAACAACAAAGGAGACGGGCCGUUCAGUGGGGUGGUCACUGUGUUCUCUGCGGAGGGAGAACCCAGGGAGCCUCCUUCUGAACUGCAGGCGUUCGCCAUCUCAUCUUCGGAAAUUAAGGUGACGUGGAAACCACCCAGUCCCGGCCCUGGAAGACCCCAAGGCUAUGAGGUGAGUUACUGGAAGGACAUGGAGCAGGAGGAAACGGGGAAAAAGCCGAGGACAAUGGGGAAUGAGACGAACAUGCUGCUGACAGGACUGGAGGGAAACACUCAGUAUCUGAUCUCAGUUAAGGGCUUUAACAGCGUCGGUCAAGGCCCAUCCAGCUCAGCAAUCAGAAUCAGAACUAAGAAAAACGCCCCUAGUUUACCCCCAGGCAACUUGAUGUGGAUUCAGGAAGGGAAUAACGUUUCUUUAUCCUGGGAUCCGGUGAAAGCAAGGGACAAUGAGUCAGCUGUCAUUGGGUACAAGGUAUUGUUGCGUCAGGAGGGGCGGGGCCACAGCCAGGUCACGAGGACUCCAAACUCAUCUGUUGUCCUGACCCUACCUGAGGGGGGGACGUACAUCAUCGAGGUGCGAGCAGUAAGCGAAGGAGGAGAAGGGGCCGCCAGCGCACAAGUCAGACUGCUGACCUCCUCUGGUGUGCGUGCAAAGAGUGGGCAGCUCUCUAUCUAUAAUCUGCCUGCAGGCGUGACAUGGACCGCUCUGUUCCUGUCUUUAAUGGUGCCUUCUUUUCAUUUUUGAGGCUACUGGGUCCUGUACCUUAAAACCGUCCCAUCGCCUGCCCUCCGAAGACCGCUCCCACCCACCCCUGCGGGUCCCCUCAACACAGACUGCCUGCCGUGGCCUGUUCCAUCAACAGUAGCCAGGGAUCAGCCAAAGGGAAAUGCUUCUUUUCCAGACAAAGAUUAAGAAAUGACUGCAACUCCAAACAACUACUCCAUAUUUUUUUCCGGGCUUAUAGUUUCCUUUACAGGUUUCUGUUCAGGACAUCCUUGUAGUUUUGUGCUGUACAAAGUGAAGAGACGGUUGUGUGAAAUCUUGUACUCCACGAAGCCGUAACCAAGAUGUUUUAUAGAGUGGGGACUUCCAGAGGAGUCCUCGAAGCUGCUGGGACCGUCCGCUGCUCUGUGCCAAUGUGGCUUCCCUCAUUACAUCACUGCAUCCGUUUUUAUCCUUUGGCUGCCUAACAAGCAACGCAGAGUAAAGCUCAGUAGAGAUAAGUGCAUUGUUUUCUUAUUUACAAACGGAGCGAGAAGAUGAUAAGAAAAAAAAACAUUUUUAUAGUGCCGAAAAUCUUACUAUUUCCAGACUUGCUUUUUGUACAUUGUGUUACCUUUAGAGAAAACAAACAAACAAAAAAAUACAGUGGUGUGUUUCGGUCGGCUGCGUCAAAGUUUUUUAACUUCUUUUCUCUUACCUUCGUCGCUUUUCGAGAGCUAGCAAGGUUGCUGGGCAACAGUGGAACUGACGGAUGAAGCAAAGAUAGAGGAUUUGAACUCGACUUGUCGUGCCCAAACACUUCAGUAGACAACGAACACUGCUGAC